CCCACUCUCUCUCAUUCUGCCCGUGUCUGUCAGUCCUAUCGUAGAGACAGUGGUGUGAAUUGUCGUGCGGGCUCAUUGCAAUAUAACUGGACUAAAUUUGCUUAUCCUGAUUAUAGAUUUACGUCUGAUCAGAGUAACGGGACAUCACGCGGGCCACCAGCGGGACAUCUGGGACUGGACUGGAACUUUUCUGCGAGGGUUCUCCCUCUGUUGUGCAUGUUGGGGUUUGCAAGCGUGUGUGCGCUCCUUCAUGAUCCAAGACCAAUCAUUUGACUGGGAUCUGUAAGUGUGUGUACGUGUAUGCGUGUGAAGACUGGCUAGAAGAGGGGUUGUAGGCAACGCACCCCUCCAUUAGCGCGGCAUAUAUUUCCCCAAACAAUUUAGCGUAUUCAGGAGGUUACGCAAAUCCGAAGCUGGCAAAAUUACCGUAAUCAAUUGCAACGAGCGGGCAUGCAUCCAUCCGCGCCUCUGAUUGAAUGGAGAUCGUCUCUAUCAGGCUGAUGCGCAUGUAACGAAGAGAGGGGCCACUAAAUUGCUGCUGAAUUUAGGGCGAGAAGUCCAUGAUCACUGUCCAAGUGAGCGCAGACACUGAUGAUAGAACGCUUGGGACAUGAAGCAAGUGCCGCUCCGACAUUAGAUCCCUGACUCAAGUGUCCAAAUAGCUGUGGUUUUACACACCGGAUACAGAAACUAGCAUUAUCAAGAUUUUUUUUGGCCUUAAAAAAAGAACAGAAGAAGAAAAAGAGGAAGGAGAGCUACUCUGAUAAGGACAGACGAACAUGGACGUCCGCUACAGCCAGGAGCCGGAAGUGGGGAUGGUGCUGAAGAACGGACUGAAGGAAAGCAAGGAGGUGAAAGACUCCCAGGGGAGCCUUUCCAAAACACUCCUGAAGGAACCACAGGACUCCUUCUCCUCAUCCGGAGCCAUGGAAAACUGUGAAAAGAGUCGCACGAGCACGGGAGAUCCAGACUACUGCCGGCGGAUUCUGGUUCGAGAUGCCAAAGGCUCAAUCAGAGAGAUCAUUCUUCCCAAAGGUCUGGAUCUGGACCGGCCGAAGCGAACCAGAACCUCAUUCACAGCCGAGCAGCUCUACCGGCUCGAGAUGGAGUUCCAGCGGUGCCAGUAUGUCGUGGGCCGAGAGAGAACUGAACUCGCCCGGCAGCUCAACCUGUCUGAGACUCAGGUGAAGGUGUGGUUUCAGAACCGGCGUACGAAGCAGAAGAAGGACCAGGGGAAGGAUGCGGAGCUGCGCUCGGCUGCGCACUCGGAGACAGCGGCCACGUGCAGCGUGCUGCGUCUGCUGGAACAGGGCCGCUUGCUCACGCCGCCGGGUAUGCCCGGCCUGCUGCCCCACUGCACCAGCUCCUCACUGGGCAUCGCUGCUAACGGAGGAUCCUCCUCCAGCAGCGGCACGAGCUCAGCCACAGCGUCCAGAAGCCCUCCACUGCCCGCCAUGUCCGGCUCAAGCACACUAACCAGCGCCCACCAUGGGCUCUUCAGCUUCCCCGUGCCCACGCUGCUGGGAGCCGUGGCGUCGCGGAUCUCCUCUGCGCCGCUGGGCAUGGCUGGCUCGCUGGCCGGGAACCUGCAGGAACUGUCAGCCCGCUACCUGAGCUCCUCGGCCUUCGAGCCGUACUCGCGGACCAACGGCAAAGAGGACAAGAAAGUUUUGGAAUAAUGUCCGUUUUCUCUAACUCCUCAACUUUUUGUUUAUGUUUUGUUCAUUUUUUUUUCACUCUGUGUUCUUUAUGUCAUCCGUGCUGUGGUUGUCAGUCCUCAUGUCUGUUCUUCGUGUUGUCAGAAUGCACAUGCGAGGCCUCUCGGAACUGUGACAAAGCAGAAUUCGGACUCGCUCGCCUUUCAGACAGGAGGAUUUUCCGAGCUUCUUGCACUACUUUAGAGUUUCACCGCCAGGUCGGGAAUUUUUAAUGUGAAGAAGGAGCAUAGCAAGAAAAAAAAAGAGUUGAAAAGAAAUCCUUACCAGCACAACUUAUUUUUAUUUCUCCCGUCCAUCUGAUUUUAUCAUUUCAGUAGCCCGACAUUCUCAGUUGUUUUAAUAAUGCUAAAAGAAAUAAUCUUCUGUCUGAUAGGAUGCCUAUUUUCACAAAGCUGAUGAGUAACAAUGAAAGAAACAGAAACAUAAUGUUUGGCUUAAAUCAUACUAAAACACACUUUCUGUUUUUCUCUUUGUAGAACCACAUUUAUAUGAUGAUGACAUGUAGUCCCAUGUUAUUCAGCUCUCAGUGGAUUGAGCUUGCAGAUCAUGUUAAACUGACAUUCAUUUAAUUUGCCCAAAUAUUAAUUUUUCCAAAAAAAAAAACAGUGAUUAUUUUUUUUACCAACACCAGCACAACUAAACAUCCUGUGAAUAUAUUGUAUGCAUCAGCAAGUAAUGAGUUUGCAAUCUGAAACUAUUCAAUCAGACUUUUUGUAACCCAUCGUGUUGUUUUUAACCCUGUCGAGGCGUUAAAACUCGUCUGGUCGUCCUGUGAUUUUUAAACUGAGUUUUUGUGAGGGCUUUGUUUCCUUCCUGUGCGGUUUCCCGGAGGCCGUCUCGCUCCGUGUUUCAGUGUCUUCAGUGAAUAUGCAGUCUUGCUCUUCUUGCGUGUGUGAUGGUACUGUAGUCCUGAGUUCCAUGUUUUUUGCGUACGUGUUUUUCCAAGUUAAGUUGAAAUUCCCUCACAGUUGCUGCGAGGCCUUGAUGAGGACGGAUUUUCAGAUUUUCUGGACGCUUUUCCAAAAAAAGGCAUACCCUUUUUGCCAGUAAAAUGAAACACCUAACCUAUACAGAAUGUUUUUCUAAUUUCUUCCCCCCACUGGAAAAUCCGACACCACUUCUAAUCAUGAAAAACAGAGCUGGAGAGGCCUUACACACAUCCUCGUCAUCACGAAGACAGAGGAAUGGAGAGAAAAGGUCGGGACCGAGCAGGCCGCUAUGCCGAGGGAGGAGUGAGGGCGAGGCGAAAUUAUUGUAGUAUAAAAGCAAGAAAAAUGAGAAUUGUAACUAAAACAAAUUGUUAUUUUAUUGUAAAUUAUUUCAUGUCUGUAAUAAAUAGAUUAGUCUAUUUGCAAAAAAAUGCAAGAGUGAAUGUAGGGGACGGUCAAAAGCUCCCCGGUGCUGUUGUUCUUGAACAUGUUGACCUUUUGUGACCUGUGGUACGAGUGUGGAUAUAUAUUAUAUAUGAUUGCAAAAACAACUUCAGACGCCUUCAAUCUCCUCCUUUAUUUCCUUCUGGCUUUCAUUCACACUCACGAGCUGUGUUUGAGUUCCUGCAGAGGAAGAUAUUCUCAUAUUUCCUCAUAUCAAAUUCUGUUAUUAUACACAGAAUAUUAUUGCUUUUUUGUUCAUAAAGUAGCAAUGAUUUGUCCUUCAUUUGCAUAGCCAUUCUUUUGAUACACAGUUAUGAGCGUCGCCUCACACAAAAAAACGAGCCGUGAUUUGAUUUGCUUUUGACUGAAAUUCCAAAAAAAAAAAAAAUCCAUACACAAUCGUGUUAGUGGGCAUUAAGCUUAUUACUGAAUUGUGGCCUUUUUGAAAAACACAAACGGAGGUUAUUUGUUAGCCUGUGAAUGCCGUUCACACAAUUCGCUUUCUUCUGUGUGCAUUUUCGUGCACAAGGUUGGCCGACGCUGUCAAUACAACGGAACUGCAUCUGUGCACCCUUUCUUCUUCAUGCAUUGAGCCUCUUUUUUUAAAAAAAAAAAUAAGAGGACGAUGCAAGGCCAAGCUCUUAGUUGCUGGGAUCAGUGUUGGUGAGCCGUGCUCAUUGAGGGACUCGUCGUGGGUUGUCUGUGUUUAAUUGGCCUAGGGCUGGGGGUUUGGUGAUUUCUAGAAAAAGAUGUCGUUAGCGGAGUGAGACAAGGGCAUGAUGUUGUAAUCAUACACUGAUGUCGUUAUUCUGCUCGGAUGUUUUGACAGGAGAACAAUAAGACAUGUGAUUUACACCAUGGUUGGACUUUAUAAAAGCAAUUAGAUCAGACAGAGUAGUUGUACAGGAUUUGGCCGGUUCUGAUUCAUGUGCUAGCCAUAUUUAGUGUCUUCUUGGAUUUUUGACCA